CUACUAGGAACUUGAAACUUGUAGAGCUCAAAACCUCUGCUCCAGAGGAGACAAGCUAAAACCACUCUCUGCAAAACCGCUAUGGUAUAUCUAGUGAUACGCAUAUCACGAAUCCUUAUCGUACGCCUAGCUGAUUUUUAACGUACGCCCCAGAACUGGCAAAGUUUGGCAUCUGAAAAUUCUGGAGGACAGGCCCCCAUGGCUACAACAGAAGCUACUCUUGGCUUCCCGUACCUAGUAGCUGACAAUAUUUUCAGAGUUGCAGGCAUUUGAGAGACGAUUCUGUAUCUUCAUUUGACUUAAAGCUUGCACUAUAGUACUAACGUAUUCACGUAGCAGUUUGCGAUUCAAACAAAGCGCGGAUGGAGUGAAUUGAACAACAAAUUCUGACGGUAAAGACGACCGUUUUUUGGGUGCUUAAAUUUUCUUUCUUUCUUUCUUUCGAAGUUAAAAGAGCGGUCCAGAGUUCGUUCUGCUGUCUGGAAUCAAACAUGGCAAAUCGCUGGUGGGCUGGAAAUGUUGCCAUGAGAGGCGUCGACCCAAUAUCCCCAGCUCCGUCUCUUCACCUGAGAAACCCAGAGGAAGACACUUCCUGCUUGAACCGCCUGGGUAGAAGAGAGCAAGAUUUUAUCGACACAAACACAACCAAUAGCAGUAAUAGCCCAAAAACCGCCUCCACCCCUACUCAGAACCAAAACCAAAACCAGGAAGAGCAAGAAGACAGUAAGGAAAACAACCAAGAAUCUGAAGACCCAAACACAGCUCUUGAAACCGUUGAACCAGGUAGCGGAAGCUCAGGUCGGAGGCCUAGAGGGCGGCCUCCUGGUUCGAAAAACAAACCAAAACCACCCAUAGUAAUCACUAAAGAAAGCCCUAAUUCUCUUCGAAGCCAUGUUCUGGAAAUCAACUCUGGCAGCGACAUUGCAGAUAGCAUUGCAACUUUUGCUCAACGCCGCCACCGAGGGGUUUCAAUAUUAAGUGGAAGUGGAGUAGUGACCAAUGUUACUCUCAGGCAACCUGCAGCACCUGGUGGAGUAAUCACUCUCCAUGGAAGAUUCGAGAUACUAUCGUUAUCAGGUUCAUUUCUUCCUGCUCCGUCACCUCCAGGAGCAACGGGGCUGACUGUGUAUUUGGCUGGUGGACAAGGACAGGUUGUGGGAGGAUCAGUGGUGGGGCCGCUAAUGGCAUCAGGACCAGUGAUGGUGAUAGCGGCAACAUUUAGUAAUGCAACUUUUGAGAGAUUACCAUCAGAGGAACAAGAGCAGGAGCAGGAAGGCUCGCAAUUGCAGGAGCAAGUGAAUUCAGGGACUAAUAAUAAUAACAACAAUACAGCUGCAGGUGGAGUUGGUGGAAAUGGUAAUAAUAAUUCAGGGUCUCAAUCUUCUCAGCCAAUUAGCGAGCAUGGUUCAAUGCCUGUCUACAAUUUGCCUCCUAAUUUGUUACCCAAUGGGCAAAUGCCACAUGAGAUGUUCUGGGGUCCUCCUCGUCAUCCACCUCCCAAUUACUGAAUGUGUGUGUUUGAGAAGAGUGGUUAGUUUUGUAUUAGCCGACUGAUAAAAUGUAGUGGAAAUUUUCAUGUAAGAAUACAGCAAGGAAGAGGUAGGACAUUUUGUUUUAGUUUCAUGUGAAAAUUAGCUACCUUAUGCUUAGGUUGUCCUUAAACUUUUGGAUGUACCUCUUUUAUUUUCUCUAAUCAACCUCUUUUUUUCCUUGGAA